AUGCCUGCUGCUCCUGGGCGGAGUGGAGCUUCAUCUGCUGCUCCGACGACUUUACCCUAUUGCCCUCUCUGCGAACUGAGCUUUUCAAAUGAAGCUGAUCGCGAGCGACAUCUCAACGCUCAUCCGGAGCUUUGGGAUAAAUGUCCUGUUUGCAUGUGUUUUGAAACGGUAUUUCCGGUGCAAACAUUCAACGAUCUUUACAAGCAUUUGCUACAGGAGCAUUUGAUCAAAACUUUGAGACCGAAUGUUUGUUUUUUAAUUUUUAACAACGAUUUGUUUAUUUUUUAA